CAAAGUUUCUUACAGUAUAUAUAGAGAUCUCCACCAAUCUUCUCUCUCACAGCAUCUCCAAAUAUUAGAAUCAUUUCAAUAUUAAUCACUUUCUCUACUGAUCUUGUGCUAUAUAUAUCAGCUAAGAAAAUGGCUCUUGCAUUGGAAAUUAAGAAAGAAUUUACCCAACUAUCAGAAAGGGUAAAAUCUGUGGAUCUUCAUCCAACUCAACCAUGGAUCCUUACUAGUUUGUAUUCAGGAACCGUGUGUAUCUGGAACUACCAGUCACAGAAAUUGGAGAAGUCUUUCAAGGUCACAGACUCACCUGUAAGGUCAGCAAGAUUCAUUGCAAGAAAAGACUGGAUUUUAACCGGAUCAGAUGACAAAUUUGUUCGUGUAUAUGAUCUCAAUACGAAGGAGUUGAUCAAAGAGUUUGAAGCACACAGUGACUACAUUAGGUCUGUGGCUGUUCACCCUUCACUUCCCUGUGUAUUAUCAUCUUCCGAUGACAAGCUUAUAAAAUUGUGGGAUUGGGAGAAGGAUUGGAAUUGCACUCAGAUCUUCGAAGGGCAUUCUCAUUAUGUGAUGCAUGUUGUGUUUAGUCCAAAGGAUAACCAUACAUUCGCAAGUGCAUCACUUGAUGGCACCAUUAAGAUUUGGAAUCUGGGCUCUCCUGCUCCAGCAGCCACACUGGAAGGGCACUCCAAAGGGGUAAAUUGUGUAGAAUUUUUCACCAACGAUGAUAAGCCAUAUAUAGUUAGUGGUUCUGAUGAUUAUACUAUUAAGGUGUGGGACUUGGAAACGAAAUGGUGGAUCCAGACACUAGAAAGCCACACAAACAAUGUUUGUGCAGUUUCUGUGCAUCCAGAGUUUCCCAUCAUAAUUACAGGUUCUGAAGAUGGGAAUAUUUGUAUAUGGGAUGCAAACACUUACAGGCUCGAGCACACAUUAAAUUAUGGUCUUCAAAGAGCUUGGGCCAUUGGAUGCAUGAAAGGUUCACACCAGGUUGCGUUUGGUUUUGAUAAUGGAACUAUUAUGGUUAAAUUUAGCAGCCCAAAUUGAGGAGGCAGCGUUGAAACUAUUGUUACCGCUACAAUGGUGUGAUUUGAAGGAAUAAAAUUUUCUAUCUACGAGGCGAAGCUUAGAGGAAAUAAUGGCAGCUACUAUUAGCAAAUUACUUAUGUUGUUUGUAUGAUACUAGGAUUCAAGGAAAAAUAAUAUAUUUAUAAUUUAUUGUGUGGUUUGUAUAAAUUAGUAGCCUAUAUUAUGUUUUUGCUUUAUCAAUUCUCUAUAUACUAGUCACUUGUGAGA